GAGCGAGGGUGCGCCUGUAGUUUUUCUUGUGCAAAAGUUUUGUGUUUCUCACUCCAGAGAAAUAAACUAAUAUUUAGAGAGAGAAAUAGAAGCUCUGGAUUCCUUCUCAUCCGUCCUCAGCGACGGUUCUUAUGCCGCUUGGCUUUCAGGUAGUAUUCUAUUCUUUUAGGUUCUGCUGGGUUCAGAUUUAGACAGCUUAGUUUCCUUCCUUAAGACAUGGAGAAAGCGUGCUUCUGGUCAAAUUGCUUCCAGCAUCGGGUUUUUUCAUUCCAAGAAGUGCUCGAUUGGCGGUUUCUCAUCCUUGGAGAUUUUCUGUUGGUUUCCUUUGUCAAUUGCACUUAGUGGUUGCUUUCUUUUUAAUGAACAAUAUAGAGGCGUGAUGCAAAAUUUUUCUGAGAGAGGUGUUGGAUCUUUGGUGCACUUGGUCAAUGCAUUGCUGAUACAACAUCCAGUUGGAGUUCUUGGCACGCCUUCUGGGGGCUAAAGUCUGCGACGAUUCUGUUGAAAGCUGCUUAAGUAGUCAAUUUAGAUAAAACCAUCACGUCAAGUUGGUGCAGAAUGUACAGUUCUUAGCUACAUUUCUUUGUUGCGCCUGAUGGGUACUUGUUAGAUUGUGGAGUUAUCGGUUCACCGAACGAUUUCUACAUAACAUAGAUGAGUUAGCUUAUUUUGCGUUUGAACCCUUGGGUGACUGUCUUAAGCUUAGUGGGAUUGUCCUGUUGGCUAGAACAAUCAUUCUGGUUGGUUCUGAGUUUUGUCAAUAUGCUUUGUGGUUUUCUUAUGGAUCUUCCAUCCAUGACUUCAUAUUGCCUCGAAGCUGUGGUUCUAUCAAU